AUGGUGGGUGGCGCCGCCUCCGCCCUGGGCAGUCUCCGGCCACAGGCGCCGGGUGCAUCAACAACCUCGCCAACAACAGGCAACAACAACAGCCAAGCCAGCCCCUCCUCAACCUCCACCUCAAUCCUCCCUCCUUUGUCUUCGAUGGAUUCAUCGGCAGCGGCAGCGGCGCCAAGCACGGCGUCACGACUGCAGCAACCCUCGUAUCCGAAUCCGGCCGAGGGCUACUCUCCCGCGACAACCGAUUCACCAAGCCUGUCGCCCUCCGAUGAGGACGGAGAGGAUGGUGAUGGCGAAGGCGACGGCGACGAAGAUGCCGAUGCGCAGGCAGAAGGGGACCGCAAUGCCAACGGCAGCGGUGGUACACAGGCUGCCAGAGGGACCUCGCACUUGCCCGCCGUCUCCCGCCCUGGUAAUGCACAGCAGAGCCAAAGCCAUGCUGCUGGUACUAGUGCCGGCGGUGCUGGCGGCGGCAAUGCAGCCGAUGCCAAGAAACCCCGUGCCUGUGAAGCUUGCCGCGGCCUCAAGGUCCGCUGCGAUAUGGACCCGAACGCUCCGCCCGAGACACCGUGUCGCCGGUGCGCGAAGGCGGGUCGCCAAUGCAUUGUAACGCAACCGACACGUCGACGACAAAAGAAGACAGACAGCCGUGUUGCAGAGCUGGAGAAGAAGAUUGACGCGUUGACCGCCAGUCUGCAGAUGACAAGGCAGACAGGUCCUGGACCGGCCGGGACCGGCACCUCUGGAUCUGGCCGUGACGAUGGCGGCAACAGCGGCAACGGCCGGAUGUCGAUCAGCACCAGCGGUGGCAACGGCAUCCUGCGCGAAUGGCCACCGCACCUGGACCCUCCACAACUACCGCCAGUCGGCCCACGAAGCACGUCGACGACAUCGAUCGGAGGUGUCAGCGGCCGCGACCUGCCACCUAUACAUGGGCUGUCAGGGCCAGCACCACCCCACAGCCCCUAUUCGACGAGCACAGUGGGACGGAGUCCGUUCUCCAACGGACCACCUCCCAUGGUGAUGGCCGGGCAGAAGCGCAAGUUCUCCGAGAUCCGCGAGGCGACUGGUGUUGUUGGUGCCGGCGGCAAUGGCCCGGGUUCGCGGGGCGGCUCGGGCUCUCGAGCAGGAUCAACCGCCAGCGAUGAGUCGCCGUCGAUGCGCGAGAAUCCCUACCAGAGCUACCACACCCACCACAGCCUCGGCCACAACCCGCCGCACGGCCACGCAUCCCAGCAUGCGCCGCCAUCCCAACGGCAUAACGUGCAGGAACCUCGACACCCGCCGCCACAGCCACAGACCUCGCCAGCAUAUGGCAUGGCACGCAGCCCGGCUGGUGGCGUGGGCGGCACAUCCCGGUUUGGCACCGAGUACGCGGACAUCAUCGACCGCGGCCUGCUGACGAUGGAAAAGGCGGUGGAGCUGUUCCAGCGGUAUACCGAUCAGAUGGCACGUCAUAUGCCAGCCGUUGUAUUUCCGCCCGGCACGACCGCCGCCGACAUUCGCAAAACAAAGCCCGUCCUGUUCCUAUCCAUCAUGGCCGCGUCGACAACCGAGAUGUCGGACAUCCAGCGCGCCAUUGUCAAGGAGCUGAUGCAGAUCUUUGCCGAGAAGGUUUUCGUCGUGGGCGAGAAGAGCCUGGAACUCGUACAGGCGCUGCAGGUGGCCGUCAUCUGGUACUGGCCCCCUGAACACUUUGAAGAGCUCAAGUUCUACCAGCUGGUCCACACUGCCGCCGUCAUGGCCAUCGAAAUUGGCCUCGGCAAGCGGCGACCGGGAAACGGGCCAGGCAGUGCUGGUGGCGGGCGUGGCGCGGGGGGCGGCGUCGUGGGUGGCGGCCCUGGCUCGGGGUUCGCCAGCGCGAGCAUACUUCGCAACGGCUUUCGUUCCGCGCCAGGUCCACGUAUUGGCCCUCCUUUUGGUGGCUGGCGCGACCACCCGUUCAAAAAGUACCCGCUGCCCGACCCGUGCAGCAUCGAAGGCCGGCGGACGUGGCUGGCGUGCUACUUUAUGACAUCCAACACGGCCAUGGCUCUGCACCGACCAAACCUGGUCCGCUGGACCUCGUUUAUGACCGAGUGCGUCGAAGUGCUCGAGUCGUCGCCCGACGCCGCCCCGUCGGACAAGUACCUGUGCCACCUCGUCUGGACACACCGCAUGGCCGAAGAGGUAGGACAGCAGUUUUCCAUGGACGACCCGGCCACCGUGAUCAAUAUUGCGGAUCCACGAACACAGUACGCCUUGCGUGGCUUUGAGCGCGAGCUGGAGCGGUACAAAUCGACCAUCCCGCGCAACCUGCUACAACCCUCCCUGCGACUGAGUUUUGAGGUGCUGAGCCUCUACAUGCAUGAAAUUGCACUUCAGACCGAGAACGGCAACGACGACUUCAAGACGCCGUACACGGCCGAGUCGACGAAAGAGGCGCUCAUUGGCGAUGCAACGCUGACGCCUGCGCACAUCCGUGCGCUGACGGCAUGUCUCCUUGCUAUUGACGGCAUCUUUGACGCUUUUCUUGGCAUGGACAUCCAGUCCCUGCGGUGCAUCCCCAUCUUCAAUUUUGUGCGCGUGGCCUACGCCACCGUCGUCAUGAUCAAGCUCUAUCUCUUUGCAUCCUCCCCCAACUCGGAGCUCGGCAAGGUGAUCAACAAGGAGCACAUGAAGGUCGAGCAGCACCUCAAUGCUUUGCUUGACAAGUUCCGCGCGACAGCCGCCGGCAACCGGUCGCGGCCAGCGGGCAAGUUUAUGAUUGUUCUGGCUAUGAUCCGGUCGUGGUUCCUCAAGCAGCAGGCCCACAAUCCCUUUGAGGCUCGUGAAGGCGGCGCCGGCCAGCAGGAGAACGGCGAGUCCUCGAGCAGCCAAGGCGCAGCGGACCAGGAGCAGUCUCAACCGCCACCGCAGCCGCAGCAAGACCAUGUUGCUUCACCCGCUGCGGCCGGGACGCCAGGCGGUUCUGCGUCGCAAUCCUAUAUGCCCUCGUCGGCGUUCUUGUCGACCAUUAAUAAUAACACGAACAGCAGCACGGGUACCUCCAAUGGAAACCACCUUCGAGCAGCCUCCACAUCAUCGGCAACAGCCACGCCUUCCCCGUCAGUGACGUCGGGCACCACCCCCAAUGCGAACAACAUCGGUAUCAACAAUAACAAUAACAGCAGCCAGGUCCAGCAACAACCGCAGCCGCAACCGCAGACCCAGCACCAGAUGCAGGCCCCAUCGGGCAUGUACUCUUCGGCGAACACGCCACUCCAGCUACUUUCCGAGAUUGCCGCCAACGACUACGCCGCCAAUGCAGCGACAACAGCAGCUGCGUCAGGCAUGUCGCAGCAGCAACAGCAAGGUGCUGGCCCCGCUGCCGCCGUCAACACCAUCCCGCCCUGGCCGCCAUUCUAUAGCAGUCUCAGCAAUGGCGCCCACAACGGCAACGCUGCUACCACCGGCGCCGGUACUGGCAACAGCGGCCAGACGUCCGAUCCACAGCAGCAGCAACAACAAGUGUCCUCACUCAUGCCGCCACCGCCGUCCACGGCCGACUACAUGGCCCAGUACCCGGACCUCAAUCUGGGUGACAACUUCGAGUACGCCGUGGACCUGACGCUCGUGGGCCUGUCCGACGGCGCCGACAACAUGAACUUGAGUGAUGGCCUCAACUACAUUCUGGCCGACCCGUGGUUUGGUGGCGGCGAAGCCUUUCAAUUUUAG